GGGCUACGACGAUCGCGUGCGCGAUGUGUUGAAAGCUCGUUUUACGCCAGUGGUUGACUGAUUCCACCUCCGGGAAUCCGUCCACGAGAACUUUUUCACCCUGGUGUGACCAACCUGUCGCAAUACCGCCAUGGGGAUAAACAUGGAAGACGAGGAGGAAGUGAGGCGGUAUCUGGAGAACCUGAACAUCGAAUAUCAGUUCAGCUGCUACAAAGAAAAUAAUGGAGAAGGGUGCUGUCUGUUGGGGGAGUUCAUGCAGGUCGUACGAGAAGAUUACCGGAAAGCUUCCGCAGCUUUCAAGAAAGGUUGUGACCAACAUAAUUUCCCCAAAGCUUGUUUCAAAUACGGGGGUGACUUGUUCAGAGGUCGAGGGGUGAAGAAGGAUCAAGCAAAAGCUCUGGAAUAUCAGAAAAAGGCUUGUGAUCUCGGCUGGAAAGAAGGGUGUCUAGUCGCUGGUUACCAACUCGAGGAUUUGGCUACCGACGGCGACAUAUUGGCAGCAACCGAAUAUUUCAAGAGAGCGUGCGAUCUCAACUCAGACGAGGGCUGUGACCGAGCAUCUGCGAUGUAUCACAGAGGGACGGGACCGAUACCGAGGAAUCUACAGAAAUGUGUGGACUACGCAGUUCGGGCGUGCGAUCUGGGGCACGCUCAAGCUUGCGCUAAUGCUUCCUUCUUGUAUAAACAGGGUAUCGACGGUGUUCCGAAUAUUGCAAAGUCGGAGGAGUACAAGAAAAAAGCUCUGGAGAUCCAGAUGCAAGCGAGACGGAAUAGAGGUUUUCAGAUGGAACAAGGGAUAGGAGAACCAGAGUGA